GUCAGUACAAAAAGCCAGACUUCUACUGGCAGUUUCUGGAUGAGACACUCUGGGAGAGCUUUCCAUUCAUGGCAGCCGUUUACUCUUGCUUUGGGAGAUGUUUAUAAUAGAAAAGGUUCUGUUGGGGUAUUUAUCUGUUUCCUCUGGUGUUUGGUGGCGUUGCACAUGGGCAAGCCUGAAAUGAGCUGGUUAUCUCAGGAUCAUGGAAAACCUGGAAUCAAGACUCAAGAAUGCCCCCUAUUUUCGUUGUGAGAAGGGAAAUGAUUCAGUCCCUGUGUGCCAGAAGUGUGAGACGUGUGUCUUAGCCUGGAAGAUCUUCUCUACCAAAGAGUGGUUCCGGAGGGUCAGCGAGAUAUCCCAGAGGAGGUUUCUAGUAAGCAUUCUGGAGCAGUUAAAUAGUUUAAAUCUGUUACACUAUUUCCAAAAUAUACUUCAGACCACACAGGGCAAGGAUUUCAUCUAUAACAGGUCCCGGAUCAACCUCAGCAAGAAGGAGGGGAGAAUUACGAAGUCCUCCUUGAACCAAAUGUUGGAUAAAACGGUAGAACAGAAGAUGAAGGAGAUCUUGUACUGGUUUGGGAACAGCACGCACUGGACUAAGGCAAAUUACACUCUCUUGCUGCUGCAGAUGUGUGACCCCAAGUUACUGCUCACUGCUGCCAAUGUAAUCAGAGCCCUGUUUCUGAGAGAGCAGAGCAAUAUCUCAGGACUCAAUCAAGAUGCCACUCAUGUGUGUUUUUCCCCUGAGAAACAUUACAACUCCAAGUCUGAGACUUCACAUUUCUAUUGGGCAGCCAGAACUCAGAGCACAUCCUUUCCUUUGUCCAAAAGCCCAGAAAAUGAAAAUGUGCAGAGGGCAGUAUCUAACCCUGAGGCACAAUGGAGGAGUUCGCGUCAGUGUAUUUCCGAGAUGAAUAAGCUGUUUUCUGGGAAAGUAGGCAUAACCAAGCCAGGGUACGAUCCCUGCAAUUUGUUGGUUGAUUUGGAUGACGUCAGAGACCUGUCUUCUGGGUUCAGCAAAUACCGAGACUUCAUCCGUCACCUGCCCAUCCACCUCUCCAAGUACAUUCUAAGAAUGUUGGAUAGAAACACCCUGAAUAGGUGUGCCUCCGUGAGCGGGCACUGGGCUGCCUUGGCUCAGCAGGUCAAAAUGGAAUUGUCAACACAUUCCUUCAUUCAGAACCAGAUUACCAUCCUGCAGGGAUCCUACACAAGGGGAAUAGAACCUAAUUAUGCCAGCAGACUUUCUGUCCCAGUUCCUAAAAUGGUAGAUGACGGGAAGCGCAUGCGUGUGAAAAAUCAGAAAUGGAAGCUGAGAACAAAGAAUGAAUACAGCCUGUGGUCUGCAUACCAGAACCAGGAAACUCAACAGGUCUUGAUGGAGGAGAGAAAUGUUUUCUGUGGAACCUACAAUGUUCGCAUUCUCUCUGACAAGUGGAACCAAAACAGAGUCAUACACUAUUCUGGGGGAGAUUUGAUAGCUGUGUCAUCUAAUCGAAAGAUCCAGCUUCUGGACAUCAUACAAUUAAAAGAGAUACCCAUCGAGUUCCGAGGCCAUGCUGGGAGUAUCCGGGCCCUCUUCUUGUGUGAGGAGGAAAACUUUCUCCUAAGCGGGAGCUAUGACCUAAGUAUCAGAUACUGGGAUCUGAAAAGUGGAGUUUGCAUACGAAUCUUCAAUGGCCACCAAGGGACAGUCACUUGUAUGGAUUUGUAUAAGAACAAGUUUGUAUCUGGAGCAAGAGAUUGCCAGGUAAAAGUAUGGGAUUUAGAUACAGGGAAGUGCCUGAAGACGUUUAAACACAAAGAUCCCAUCUUGGCCACCAGGAUGAGCAACACCUACAUCGUGAGCAGCUGUGAACGAGGGGUAGUCAAAGUGUGGCACAUUGCCACGGCCCAGUUGGUAAAGAUUCUCAGUGGCCACGAGGGAGCCGUGAAGUGCCUGUUCUUUGACCAGUGGCAUCUCCUCUCAGGAAGUACUGAUGGCCUAGUCAUGGCCUGGAGCAUGGUGGGAAAGUAUGAGCGCUGCCUGAUGGCCUUCAAGCAUCCCAAGGAAGUGCUUCAUGUGUCCCUCCUUUUCCUCCGGGUCAUCAGUGCCUGUGCAGAUGGCAAGAUCCGCAUUUACAAUUUUCUUAAUGGGAACUGUCUGAAAGUGAUAAAUGCCAGUGGCGGAGGUGAUGCUGUGUUGUCUUUCUUUAUUCAGGGCAACAGGAUGGUGGUCAACACAGAGAGCAGUAUUCUCAUGUUCCAGUUUCAACCCGUAAAGUGGCAGUAUGCCCUGGAAAGAGGUAAACAAAAGAAGAAUAAAGAGAAAGAUGAGGAAAAGGAAGAAAGCCUAGUGGAAAUUUCUUCCAAGUGUAGCACUCGGGUUUACAGCCUGAGAGACUCUGUAUCCAGUAAACAAACUGCGACCCAGGAGUUACUACCAAGCAAACCUCAUGUUCUCCUGAAGGCAACCAAGUUAUCUUCGGCAAUUUUAACAGAGACACCUCAAAGUCAAGAAAAGCCAAAACGACCUCGAAGAGAUGCAGAUGAUGUGAAGAAAGUACAAAAAGGAGGACAACUGGAAACUCCUGGAGAAUUGGUCAGUUGUCAAAAGAAAGAGUCCUGGAAGAUCCCUAUGUCACCUGAUCGAUUCCUCCUGACUGUCAAUGCUCUGCAGCAAGCCCAUAAUUCAGGGGAAUUUGCCUAUCCCCAUAGACCCCAAAGCCAAGUCAUUGAUGCCUGGGGACCUUCAAUUUCAUACCCAAGAAAGGUCCUGAAUUUCAAAGGAAAACCGGUCCAACCUGCAGUCAAUCGGUUGAGAUUCAGCCAUCCUCCCAUAGACGUGAAACAAACUAAUAUUCCCCUUGAAAUCCAGAAACUGCAGCCCAACUUGAAGAACUCUUUGCACAGUCUCAGAGUCCAGUCCACCAUACCCCAGCCCAUGAUUAUCUGCUCCAGGCUCUCUCGCAGCUUAAAAGGUGAAGACCAAGUGACCAAUUCAAUUGAGGGGACAGUGUGCAGUAUGGGUUCCCUGACCAGUAUGCAGGUCAUUAAACCAAACCGAAUGCUAGCUCCACAAGUGUGCACUGCCAUCCUGUCCCCCAAGAAAGAACGGCUUCACUUCUACACGGCCCUCGAUCCCCUUAGAAUGAACACGGAGUUCAUGCUGUUAACAGUGAAGGAAGAGAAAGAAUGUGGGGAAGCCAAGAUGGAGGCAUAUCUGGCUAGGGAAUCCACUGGAGUGGCUGAUCCAGCAAAAGCCAGAAAAGCUGCAUGGAUCAGGAAGAUCAAAGGCCUUCCUAUUGAUAAGUUCAUGAAACAAGGGAAAACAGCGGCUCCUGAACUUGGACAAAGUGUGUUUAUCUAAACCAGCCUUGGGAAAUUGCAAUAUCUCACAAUAAACAGAAAGCCAAGAGGA